UGAAUUGUACAGAACCUACCCGUUUUCGUGCGAGAUAAAGAAUACCUUUUCCGCACAUGCGUUGUAGUUAGGGGUACGCAUCUCAGGGAGACAAGACGCUACUGUUGCCUCAGUUAAAGAUGCCUCUUUUUGGGAAUACCUUCAGCCCCAAGAAGACCCCUCCCCGCAAGUCUGCUUCCCUGUCCAACCUACACACUUUGGACAGAUCCACCAGGGAGAUAGAGCUUGGGCUGGAGUAUGGGGCCCCUGCAAUGAUCAUUGGGGGUCAGAGUUUGAAAUUUGAGGAGGGGCAGUGGAUUUCAGAGUCUGGAGGCAGUGUGUCAGGGAAGGAAGUGCAGCGAUUGAAAAAGCGGAACCUGCAGCUGGAGGAGGAGAACAAUUUACUGAGAUUAAAGAUUGACAUCCUGUUGGACAUGUUGUCAGAAACUACUGCUGAAUCUCAUCUACUGGAGAAGGAGCUGGAAGAGGUUAAGAACCAUAAUCGGAGAAAGAAGUGAAAGAGAAGACCUUCAAAAGAAGAGGGAUAAUUUCUCCAAGGCAUGACUCCUGACUGGACUAGACUGUGGAUGAAUGUGGAGAUGAAGUGUAGGAAUUUAAGGAUGUAUAAUGUUUAAUUUUGUAUUGUUGUAUUGCGUAACUUCUUCUGUAUCCAU